AUUAACAAAAUGACUACCACCGCUGAACUUGCUUGCGUUUACUCCGCACUCAUCCUUGCUGAUGACGAUGUUGCUGUUACCGGAGAGAAAAUUCAAACAAUCUUGAAGGCUGCCAAUGUUGAUGUUGAGCCAUACUGGCCAGGUCUUUUUGCCAAGGCCCUUGAAGGUAUCAACAUCAAAGAUUUGAUCAGCAACAUUGGUUCAGGAGCUGGUGCUGCUCCAGCAAGUGGUGCUCCAGUUGCUGCUGCUGCUGCUGCCUCAGCAGGUGAAGCUGCCCCAGCUAAAGCAGCUGAAAAGAAAGACGAACCAGAAGAAGAAUCUGAUGAUGACAUGGGAUUCGGUCUCUUUGACUAGAUUUACAAGUGAGUGAGGAUCAAUUUUUUAAAAUUUAUUGUACCUUAAAACGUUGUAAAAUAAAAAAAAAUUUUUAACUAAAAAAAAACAAGCUCUA